AUGUCUGUUCCACUUACCAAGGUCGACUCUGCCAUCGCUGGCUUGUCUAUAGACGAUAAAGCCCCCGAAUCUACCGAGAAGGAGGUCUCCAAGGACACGAAGGGCCAUAGGCGUGCUUCUUCGACGGCUGCCGAAGGUGUCUGGAACAUCAAGGAUCUCGAGGAACAGAAGAUUGAAAUCACUCUCCCCAUUGAAACCCAGAAGACUGGGUGGAAACUCAACACCAAUCCGUCAAAAGUCGAGGACAAGGAUAUCCUCAAGCUCUUCCUCACCAACCCACCGGUCAAGAAGAUUGACCUGGACUUCCCCCUGGGCCUCCACGUCACCGCCCGGAACUUGAAAGGCGUCACAAUCAAGGACGCAUUAGAUGCAAUCUACAAGCAAUUCAAGAAGAAGGCCGAUGACGAGUUGGACCACCCCUACCUCGCUGGUUUCGAGUGGGACAAGGACGAGUCAUGGACACGUCUGGUCGUUCACCAGAAGAACGAGAACACCGCACAACAGCCCAGCACCAAGAAGUCCAAGAAGAAGGCAAAGGAAGAAGCCGCUAUGGCAUAA